UUAUUUAUCUACUGGUAUUGAUUCUGACAUUUUAAUACAUGUUAUUGCUGCCCAAAUUCUGGUCUCAUUUCUUCCAUGUGUAUUGCUCCUAGAGCGAACCUAACUGGUCCUAGAGUUAUCCUAAUUAUUUUAUCAAGUAACACUCAUUGUAGUGGUCGUGUAAUUGGGUCUAUAUAUCUGUGGUGCUACAUUUGUAUAUUGGUUAAACAUUAUAUUUAAGGUCCGAAUAAAAACGACCGCUGUGAGAACUGCCUUGUUCUUUGUUUACUUCCGUUCAGAGGGGGAGCCAAGACAUGACGUGGACAAAGUGGGCGGGACUGGACGCGCUGGACGUCCAACUCCGCCUUCCCGCAGGCUGCAGUCAGUACUUGGGAUUAGCCAGGCUCGCUGAUGGCGGACACGUGUGGCCAAGUACUCCUGGGGUCCGGGCUAACGGUCCUUUCCCACCCGCUUAUGUACAUCAAGGUGCUGGUGCAGGUGGGACAUGAACCUCUUCCACCCACUCUAGGCCGGAAUUUGUUUGGCAGACAGGUGUAUCAGCUUCCAGGCCUAUUUGCUUAUGCAAAACACAUAAUAAAGAUCGAUGGAAAAUCCGGCCUGUUCAACGGCCUCGCCCCCAAUCUUGUUGCAAGGACCAUUGGCACUGUUGUUCAGAGAAAAGUGUUGCAGGUUAUGAGCAGUAGCCAGAAGAAAGAGGAAGGCUCGUUGCCACAUGUAAUCAAUGAGACAACCAAGGAGAUGAUCGCACGCUCCUGUGCCACAAUAGUCACACACCCAUUCCAUGUGAUCACCCUUAGAUGCAUGGUCCAGUUUAUUGGAAGAGAAGCAAAGUACAGUGGUGUCUUUGACUCCAUCAUCACAGUCUACAGAGAAGAGGGAAUCCUUGGAUUUUUUGCUGGCCUCAUCCCACAUCUUGUUGGGGAUGUUCUCUCUCUGUGGAUCUGCAACUUGCUCGCUCAUCUCAUCAAUACAUACGCAAUAGAUGACUCAAUGAGUCACACAGAUGAAAUAAAGAACUGCUCCCAGGCUGUGACCGGGUUUUUCGCCAGUAUGCUGACAUAUCCAUUUCUAUUGGUGUCCAACCUGAUGGCAGUUAAUAACUGUGGGUUGGCUGGCGGUCUACCACCCUAUGCUGCCGUUUACCCCACCUGGCUUGACUGCUGGAGUCACCUAAGCCGGGAGGGCAAUAUGAGCAGAGGCAACAGUUUAUUCUUCAGAAAGUUACCAGCGGGGAAGACAUAUGCCAUUGAACAGAAGCGAUUUUUCUGAAUGGGACGCCAACAGUGUGGUCUUUAAUUGUGUUAAUAUAAAUGAAUUGGCCUGAUGGCCUUGGUCUGGGAACUCCUAAUCCUUUGUAUGCACUUGUUUACGAUUACUUUUUUUUUUUCUUUUAAUAAUCUGUUUUGGUCAGCUUCUAAAAUUAUUGUUACAUCUUACAGAAGUUUUUUUUUUCUCUCCAUUUUGUUCACCAAAAGUUUGAUUUAAGAACAUACAGAGAUUUAUUUUAAUAUGUAGAGAUUUGUAUACAUACCCUGAGAAAACAGACCUCAGUGGAAGUGUUUUAAAAUCAGACCGGCUUUUGACAGUAAAUAAUAAAGAGCCAAAAUACAAUGCCACUGAAUCGCCCUAAGAAAAAACAAAUAAAUGAAAUAAAUAGAUUUAAACAGUCUCUCUUAACCCCGUUCCCAUUGCUUCCUGUAUCUGAUGGGAAGGAGCUUAUGACUCAUGUACUUGUUGCCCAGCCAUCAUCCAUACUGACUGACUGACAGACUGAUUGACUGACCGAUUGAUUGAUUGAUUGUUGGACUAAUAGAAAAGUUUCUCCUGUGCUGGAAAUGUGCAUGUAGCUGUUGAACUGAGUUUUGUUUAAUGGCAGCCUGGCUGUCUGCCUGCUGCCUGUGUAUGCCCACGUGUGUUCUCAUGCAGCCCAAGAAGCUGAGACUCAUGUGAGUGUGGGUCCAGGUUUGGGCCGUGGAGGAAACGCCCACAAACAGCUGAAACGGGUAGGAGUCUAUGAAGUCCACUGGGACGAGCAAGGUGUGGUAGGAACUCCCUCUCCCUCCUCCUGCUCUCCUCGGCUCCUUACCUGUUCAGAUGCAGUCGGGUCGUAUAUUUGUACUAACAUUCUAUUUGAUCCAAAUAAAUUUAAGUAUGCCUUU